CAAAGUGAAGAAGUUUAGUGUUAAAAAUGGUUCAUUAUAGUAUAAUAUUUAUUUGGAUUUAUUUUCUUCGCUUAAUGGAAACAAAUAGUACAAGUAUGCCCGAAAGCAUAAAAGUACAAAACGUUUUAGUUGUUCAGAAUAUUGAAGGUCUUUUAGAAAACCAUUCAGCGUUGAGAGUUAUGCCUUUACAAAAACAAAGAAAAUCCAGUCCUGUUUGGGCGGUGAGAUAUAUGUUGGGUAUUAAAGGAGAAAACGACCACUUAUUAGCGCAGCUUGCUGAUGCAUCGGACUAUCCUGCGAAAAAGGAUGUCAGUGUUGAUCUUCUUUAUACAGAAAAAGGUGGCACUGGUGAUAUUUUAACUUAUAUAGAAAUCGAUACUCUACAAGAUACCCAAGAGGGCAACGCUCACGUAGUAUCUGGCGGUAUUGGUCAACGUUCGAUUCACAUUGUUUUGGAAGCCAAGCAAACGGAACGUUUUAGUUAUAAUGCACACUUCUACGGAAGGAAAACGCUUAAGUUAAUGACUCACUAAUUAAUGAAGAAGUCGUAGGAAUUAAUAUAUUCAUUAGAAAUUGCUUUGAAACGAACUAAUAUAAAUAAAAGAGAAAAGCUGUUAAUAAGUUAUAAUGAAUUAAGCCUCCUAAUAAAUGUUAAAGAAUACCAAUCUUAAGAUGUCAAUUUAGAAGUAUUAUGUAUUAGAACUGCAAAUAUGUUUCUAUAGACUUUUUUAGUAACAUUAGAUCUUAAUUAUAAAAGAAAGUCACGAGG